UCCGCACAUUCGUAUCGUCGUGCCGUUCCACGAGUCGAACUUUCGCGAGUUCAAAAAGUGGAAUUAAAGAAAAAACAAAAAUAGUUGACAAAAUAUACCGCAAAAAAACACGCACAAUUUUGAACGAAAGUCGCGCUAAAAUGGACUCCCCCUAGACUUGAUUAAAAUUCUAAUUAAGCCAUGAACACUUUUUAAUUAAUAAAACAUCGAUGUGAUGUAGUUUUCGAGAAAACUUUCCAGACGCAGGCCCUAUUUCGGUGUUGUCCGAUGCCGGCUCGCAAGGGGCUCCUCGCGCCCCAAAACACCUUCCUCGAUACCAUAGCAACAAGAUUCGACGGAACACAUAGCAACUUCGUAUUGGGAAAUGCACAAGUUCCGACUCUCUACCCCAUUGUGUACUGUUCCGAUGGCUUCUGCGAGCUUACGGGUUUCACCCGAGCUCAAAUUAUGCAAAAAGGGUGCGCCUGCAAGUUCCUCUACGGACCGGAAACGAAAGAUGAACACAAGACCCAAAUAGACAAGGCCCUCGAAUCAAAAAACGAGCUCAAAUUAGAAGUCAUAUUUUAUAAAAAAAACGGGACCCCGUUCUGGUGCUUAUUGGAUAUCGUUCCCAUAAAAAAUGAAAAAAGGGAAGUUGUUCUGUUCCUGGCAUCCCAUAAGGACAUCACAAAUACGAAAAUGGCAGAGAUGUCGGAGUGCGAAUUAUACGACAGCGCGGCCGUUCUUGGAGCUCGCUUCCGAGGUGCUGACUCUUGCCUCCUUGCAGACGCCAACGGCAACCUCGACCCGGAGGCACCUCCAGCGAACUACGGCAGAAGACGUUCGCGAGCGGUGCUCUACCAACUUUCCGGUCACUACAAACCAGACAAGAUGAAGACCAAACUCAAACUGAACAAUAACUUGUUAAGCUCAACACCAGCGCCUUUACCUGAAUACAAAACUUCCGCAAUAAAAAAAAGUAGGUUCAUUAUAUCUCAUUACGGGAUGUUCAAGAGCGGAUGGGACUGGCUUAUAUUGAUGGCUACGUUUUAUGUCGCCGUCGUCGUUCCCUAUAAUGCCAGCUUCUUGAAUUCAGAGAGGCCAUCCGUCAUCAUGGAUGUCCUUGUUGAAGCGCUGUUCUUUAUAGAUAUUUUUUUAAAUUUUCGAACAACAUACGUCAAUAGGAAAGGCGAGGUAGUGUCCAACUGGAGAGCAAUAUCACUCAACUACUUGAGGACUUGGUUCAUCGUCGACAUGCUUGCAGCACUGCCAUUCGAUUUACUUUAUGCACUCUACGGUGAAGAGAAAUCCAGUCCAUUCCAGCCUCACCUUAUAAAAUUAACGCGAUUACUUCGCUUGGCAAGACUUCUACAGAAGAUGGACCGUUACUCUCAAUACAGUGCCAUGAUCCUGACUCUACUGAUGCUGUCGUUCACUUUGGUAGCCCAUUGGCUAGCGUGUAUAUGGUAUGUGAUAGCAGAGAAAGAACUUGAAACUGAAUUAGGUUGGAUUCACACCCUCGCCGAUCGCCUCAAGCUCCCUGACGUCGCUAACGUGUCGAAAACUGACGCCUACGUCACAGCCCUCUAUUUCACCUGUUCGAGUCUGACCAGCGUCGGUUUCGGCAACGUCAGCGCCAACACCACCAGCGAAAAAAUCUUCAGUAUAUGCGUCAUGCUGAUUGGUGCCCUAAUGCACGCUGUCGUCUUUGGCAACGUAACUGCCAUCAUUCAAAGGAUGUACUCGAGGAGGUCCCUUUACCAAACUAAGUGGCGGGAUCUGAAGGACUUCUUUACCCUGCACCAAAUUCCCAAGGAGCUUAAGCAAAGGAUGCAAGAUUACUUUCAAACUAUCUGGUCGCUCAACCAUGGCAUCGAUAUACACGAGACCUUAAAAGAAUUCCCCGAAGAAUUAAGAGGCGACGUCUCCAUGCACCUUCACAGGGAAAUUCUGCAAUUACCAAUUUUCGAAGAAGCCUCGCAAGGAUGUCUCAAACUUCUCUCUUUACAUAUCAGAAAUAACUUCUGUGCCCCUGGCGAAUAUCUGAUUCACAAAGGCGACGCUUUAAGUUACAUUUACUACAUCUGCAACGGCUCCAUGGAAGUGGUACAGAACAAUAUGGUCGUCGCCAUACUUGGCAAAGGCGAUCUCGUAGGCAGCGACAUAAACUUGCACCUCCAGCAUCCCUCCAAUGCCCCCCCUUCUGAGACGGGCAGGAUCGGCGGCUCCUCCGACAUUAUCAUAAAAUCCAGCAGCGACGUUCGUGCCCUCACCUAUUGUGACCUAAAGUGCAUUUAUAUGCAAGGAUUAGUCGACGUAUUACGCCUGUAUCCAGAAUAUCAAAAACAAUUCGCCAACGACAUCCAACACGAUCUAACUUUCAACGUUAGGGAGGGUUACGAGGCCGAGCAAGAAUCCGACGCCAACGGAAUGCCAUCGCUAACUUUACCCAGCAUUAGCGAAGACGACGAGAAUCUACACGAAGAAGGCGAAACGUCGCCAAUAUCACCCAACAGGUCGCCUUUACACGCAGUUUCUAACAGCCCCCGCCACGCCAAAUACAACUUAAGACUCCAAGAAUUCCACGAAAACGCCACCCGCAACCGCCCCCGCCUGGGCGGCGUCGCCACCAACCACUUAGCCAUGCUGCGAGAGCGCGUCGAACGUCAAAGGAGCGUCGUCCUGCCUCACCACCCCAAAACCAGCUCCCUCGAAGACGUCAACUGUGAACUGAAGACCGACGUGGAAAACACGCGAAACAGCGUCGACCGUUUGGAUAACCAAAUCACGAGCUUGCACCAGGACGUGGCGACACUCAGCAUGGAGGUGCGAAACGCCAUCCAGGCUUUGCAGGAGAUGACGACUCCGUCUUCCUGUGGCGGCUCGGCUCAUUACUCUGUCCAUUCGAACCCCAACUUACACCAUAGCGGUUCUGGGAACGCGUUGUUAGCCCGGAGCACGUCGCAUCCUCCGGAAAUGUUCUACUGGGAGGAGCAGCAGUCGCCGCCACUGGCUUUCCGGCCGUUCCCGACGUUCGCCGAAGUUGGGACACAGACGGAAGACGACGAGAUGAUACGAAGGUGGGUGACGCAGAACCCGAGGGAAGUACUGGAGAUGCUGGGGUUCGACGCGGAUAAGAUUCUAACGAAAGGGAGUUUGAGGAAGAGUCAUAGUAUUCCAGACGAUAAGGGACAAGUAUUGAGUGUUCAAAACAGGAAUUGUUUUAAAGAUGUUGCGGUAGAUAUUGAUGAAGACACUGAUGAGGGAAAGGGAGAAGAUUGCCCUUUUCUGUGGGAACGUAAUCCAGAACCGAGGAAUUAUCAAAUCUUUGAAGCUAUAAAUCCUCAGAACUCUUUGCUUAAAUUCAGGAAGCCGAAUCAUGCUGAAUCUUAAUCGGGCGAGUCCAUCCUAGUACUGUGUCAGAAGACGGUGAUAUGUAAAUAAAUGCAUAAUGUAGCUCUAUUUUAAUCUACUAACAUAUAGAUUACAAACAUUUAACAACAAUAUCGAAAGUAUAGUCAAAUAACUGAUAUUGCUGAAGGUUAAUCAUUGUUUCCCUCCGUGUUUCACGGGUUCUAAAUAAGACAGUAAAAUACAUGAUUUUGGACAAAUAAAUAUGUAAUGCUAACCAUCAUCUUUUUUCACAAGUAAUAUAAUGCAUUGUAUAUAGUUAUGGAGUAAUACGUAUGUAAGAAAGCGACAUGACAUCAUCUGCAACGACACAAAGUUGUUUUAACUCUAUGACUAUUCUUGAAAUGAAAAGUAAAUCAAAGUUAACAACAUCCAUGUAGAAUGGAUGGUAUCAUAUUAUACAUACUUGGCAGUUUCGACCAUUAUCUGUAUAUUACUUUUUCAGUAAAAGCCUAACUUGACUGUACUUCAAAGCUGCUCAUCAGCAACUGCCCAAAUUAGAUCGAUAAGUAGUUGUAAGAAACGUCAAUUAUCGACUAUACAGACAACCACAAUAUUUUUCUAAAAAUGAGCCUAAUGUGUUAAAUGUUUGUAAAUAUGACGCACUAGCGUUGUUUUCUUUGUUAUUAAAAAAAAUUAAUAAAAGCUUUGGUUUUCCGAGGCGUGGAGGUUAUUCAAAAUGUUAAGCAAGCAUAUCAUGUGAUCUACAGGUAGUGCCUCUAUUGUGAUGAAUCUCUUUCUGAUAAAGUGUGUCUAAAAUUGUCGAAAACAAUCACUCUAUUUGCUACAUGUUUUCAAUGUUAACUUUAGCAACAAUUAUUGUUGUUUGCAAUUUUUGUAAAUAAUUUUAUUGUUUAUAAUUACGUAAGACAUUCCAUUUUUGCAAAUAAUAUCUCGUGAUACAAGUUAAGAAUUAUAUAUUUGUAUAUUUUA